CUUGUUUCCGCUUUGCCUCUGUGUCGGUGACCUGUAGUGUCCUCUAGCUGCCGUUAUUUCACUAAUAGUCGAUUAAAGACAACAAGAUUAACAUUAUGGUUUUGGAGGAGAAGAUGAUCGUAAACGGAGAGCCCGACAACGAGGAGGAAGAGGAGGAAGAGGAGAUGGUGGAUCCUCUUGAAACAGUGCGUCAGAAAUGUGAAGCAGCGGAGCACUGCGUUCACACUCGGGAGCGUUUAGAGCAGUGUGAGACCAGAGUCAACUCUCGGUCUUCGACAGCCGAGGAGUGUACUGAGGAGUUGUUUGACUUCAUACAUGCUCGGGACCACUGUGUGGCUCACAAAUUGUUUCAUUCUGUCAAAUAAGGCCCCUUCUGGUUGUUGGACCGUUUGCUGACAGCAUUCUUCAAAUAGUGUAAUAUUAGGAUUAAUGUGGUUUAAAAUGUAUCCAUAUGUGGAUCUGCUGUGUGUUCUAACUUUAAUUUGUAUGCUUUAAUCUGCUUAUGUGAAAAGUAUUUCCCAUUUAAGUCUGUCAGCAUUUCAGUAAAGUGGAAGAGGAAAUGUACAGAGUGUAGACAUUUUGUGUCAAACAAAGGAUAUUAACAUCUUUGUAAGAAAUAUUGUCAGAAAAUAUACUUUUCAUGAGAUGGAAGCAUCAGAACUUUUGUGAAGAGACACUGAUUGUAAAGUGAGCGUCAGCAAUUAAUAGCUCUGAAGAACUGUUUGAAAAACAGUUCAUCAUAUUAAAUUCACAUUAAACACA